AUGAGGAUACACUGAGCAAAAAGAAGUGGAUGAUUGAGCGUGCUGCGAGACUUAUGAUCGUCAUUAGAAAGUCCACAGUACGCAGUCUACGAAAUGCAGCGAGAAUUGCCGACGCCGAUUGGAAUGUUGUGGUAAAACAGACGAGGCUCAAGUCGGACUUUAUGACUGCCUAUCGAUACGCUGGCUGGAUGAAUAAACAGACGGAAGCGCGCGAAAGUGAAGCAGUCGACCCAGCUAUAGACAUGAGGAACGAAGCAGUUCGACAGAUAAGUCUCACAGAGAAAGCUGCCUAUAGUCGACUCUUUGCUGAUGGCAUUCUGUCCAGGGAGUCUGUCAUCAAUUUCAUGUACCUUGUAACCCAGUGCAUCAAACUCAGGAGGUUGUUGUUACCAAAAGACAUAAUUAUGGCUUCUGGAGACAUAUCGUUUCUAAACAGAAUGGAAAAAGAACUCGUUCUUAUGGUCAACAACGGACCACGACCCCUGUUUAUCCGUGCACUCAUCCUAACCAUCUUCUUCGCAGACCUGUUGGAGAUUACCAAUGCUGCUUUAUACGUUAUUUUUGAUCAAGGUUCCGACAUCAAGAUCCAGGUCAUUACCUAUCACAACAUGCUAAUGGCUAUGGCCUACGUCAUUAUUGUCGUGUACGUG